CCAUGCUGUCAAAAUAUGGGAUUAGUUGAUUUAUCUGGAAGAUCAAAAAAAAUUAUAGCAGUUGCGAUCUAUUUUAAAUCUUUUAACAGAUGUUCUAGACUUCGUUUCCUUAAAACUAUCCUUUAAAUUUACUUGAAAUAUUUCUACAAACUGUUAACAGGAACAGUACUUGUCUAAAAGCAGCACUAGGGAGGCUCAAGUUAUUUCCAGUCAGACUUAAGAGCUUUGGAAGUAUCCCUGCGGGAUGGAAGUGGAUUGGAGACCUAACCUUGGUGGGAUGGAAAAGGCAUUUAGCAUGAAUGUGAUGAUGCUGAUUGUUAAAUAUUUUGCGGGAUGUUCGAUAACACACUGGAGUCCUGCACCAGCUACAAAACAAAAAAGAAAACGAAAAGAGAUCUGCAGCAGAUCAAGUGACAGAGUUUGCGGAGCAUGGGAUAGUCUUCCUGAUGAACUUAUCCUUUCAGUUCUAAUGAAAUUGAAUAUUAUCGACUACCUUGCCUUCAGUGGUGUGUGUAGAUCCUGGAGGUCAGUGUCUACCGAUAUUCGCAAAAGUUUUAUGGAGCGUCUGCAACCCUUAGUUCUAGCAAGACCAAGAUAUUCAAAAAAAGCUUGUGUGCUAUAUAAUAUUUUUGACUGGAAAAGUUGCAAGUCAAUGCUUCCGAAUAUGCCUCGCAAAAGCUUAUGGGGUUUAGCAAGUGGUUACUUGAUCACAUAUGACAGGAACAUGGGGUUUUGGCUUGUGAACUUAAUGACAAGACAUGAGAUGCACUAUCCUGUCCUGUCAGAAAGCAGCUAUAGCAUCUUUGACUUCACUCCUCGUGCUGUCCUCUUGCGGUUGACUCGGCUUUCAAGAAUUUUCAUGAUUAUUUUCUCUGAGAAGCAUAAUUUUUUACUGAUGUCUGAAAGUGGCUCUAGUAGUUGGCAGGAAUAUCUUUUCCCAAACACCAGUGCUGGAAUUGCAGAUGUAAAGAUUUGGAAUGGCAAAAUCUUUGUUCUAACCUGUGAUGCACAUUUUGGAGAAUUUAAUCCGAGGGCAGAUUCUGUUCUGAAGCUCUACAACCGUAACAUCCCUAUUCAACUUUCAUCACGUUCGAUGUUGCAGUUAGUGACUUCAGACAACAAGAUCUACAUGGUUAUAUCUCAAUAUCCUUGUCCAUGUGUAACUUUGUUCGUCCAAUAUCUUUUCUUGUACGAACUUGACUACAGUAUGGAAUCUGCAAAACAGAUUCAUGACUUGGGUUCAAAAUCUUUGUUCCUGAGUGUAUAUAAUUCUGCCCUGGUUGACACAACUGGUUGGGGAGUGGGCAACUGCGUAUGUUUUCUUCAAAAUACAAUGGGAAAAUGUUCAUUCUUUCACUUGGAUGGUCGCGGGCUAGCAACGAUUCCUGCUGUUUGGGAUUGUUAUGUGAGACUAUAUUUCUGGGUUUUUCCCGGUGAAUGUUGGGACAUGAGUUGUGUUGGUGAUGAAUUUGGCACUUGAUCAUUUCCACUUCUGAAAUCUGUUUUCCCGGCCAAAUCUUCGGUUGUAGUUUCAUCUUACAUUCAGAAUAUUUGUAUUCUUUCAGUUUCAUGGAUCCUUUCAUUGAGACUAUAAAGUUAUGAUGCGAUGUGAAUUUUAUAUUAUGCAAGCAAAA